GCUUCCAUGACGACGGCGUCGUUUUCAUAGUUGUUGUCCAUCGUUGAUUAUUCGCUUCAUUUCUGAUGAUAUAAACCGGCGAAGACUUGGUAGAACAUCGCCAAAUACAGCAAAAAUGUCUUACAACACAGAAGGAACCAUCUACGACCUUAUUGCCGUAGAGGAACAGAAAAAAGCUAAGCCACCAAGGUAUGUGUCUAAAUUUAAAGAUACAGUUAAAACAGAAACAACAUCUAAGAGAGAUGAUCACAAGACAAUGGGUCAGGCUAAAGUUCCUGUCCCUACUACAGAUAACUACCUAAAAAAACAUUCUAAAGAACCUGUUUUACCUACCCCAGAACAAGACAGCGGUAAAUUUACCUAUGGGGAUGAAGAUCACAGAAAACCUCCAAUUCCAUCUAAGGAUGAUAAACCCCUGAUGGGACUCAAAACAACCAAAAAUUUCAUCACUACCAACGCUGUACAGAAUAUAACCUCCGUGCCUAAACGCCCUGAGAAAAAAUACGUUGAUACACGAAAUGGUGAUGCUCAUAAUUUGAUACCAUCAGGAUUAGAACCUGUUUAUGUUCAGAAAAAGGAAUUUGGUGAGGUACCAGAAUAUAUCGUAAAGAGAAAGGAAGAAAUGAUAAAAGCACAAGACGAGUAUAACCAGUAUGUAGCAGAAUACAUGAGGCGAGGUGCCAUGCAGAAAUUAACAGAAGAUGAAAGAAGGGCUAUAUUAGAUGGUUUAAAGACAAACUGGGAAGAUAUCCAUGAUCAAUACCAAGGUCUAUCUGUUGUCACGGAUACCGCACCCAAAAAGAACCGAAAAGAAAGAAUGGAAGCCCAAAUGAAACAAUUAGAACGAGAUAUAGAAAUGUUCGAAAAACAUAAAAUUAUCUAUAUUGCUAAUUAAAAAGAAGUUUAAAAUUUUAAUUGUAAAUAUUUUGAAGUGAAGAGCUUUCACAAACAUCUGUACAUAUAUCUAGGAUCUUGUCUUUUCAAUCAGAAGCUGGAGUAAAAAGGAGAUGAAUUCAAAGGGUUACUGUAAAGAGGUGUUCUGGGACACUGAUAGCAUCAAUUUGUACCAUUUCAAUUUUCAAUUAGAUGUCUGUGGUUCCUUUAAUUCCACUAAGAAUAGGCCUUUUAUGACGUCACUUAAGCAAAAUAUGCUUUAUCACUUAAGGCCCUUUGAGAUUAAUGGCUUCAUCAAAUACUUUGUUUUAGUGGAAUUGCAGGAACAACAGACAUCUGAUUGAAAAAGGUGCAAAUUGAUGCUACCAGUGUUUAGAAAACCAAUUUACAAUACCUUUGAUUUUAAUUGCGAAAGAAUGUCAAGUCAUAAAUCUUGAUUUUUUAUAACUCACUAAGUCCUAGAAAAUGGAUUUUAGAUAAUUUUAAGUUUGCUAUUUAUAUCGUUAAUAUGGAAUUAUCAAGAACAAAAGAAUUUGUGAUACAUUCCAAACAUUUGUGUCAAAGGAAUGGAAACACUUAAAUUUAUGGUCAGAAUAGCUACCAUUCUAGGACACAUGAUACCACUUGAUAUAUUUAAGUUCUUCAACCUCAUCAAAUAGUUUGAUUCAUUUUUCCUGUAACAUGUAAUUGUGAUAAUAUUAAAUUAUACUCUAUAUAUUA